CUCCUUUCCUCUACCUCUUCUGAGCACCCCUCUCUCUCCCAUCUGUAUCCUCUAAGAGAUAUUCGAUAUCAUCAUUUCUUCCAAGGUGUCACUCGCCAACAUCUGCUUCCUUCUUGAUCUUGACAGAUCUGGGAAAUAAAACACGUCACUUUCUUCACUUACACACUCUCUCCACAGCGACCACCACGGGACCUCCCUUCCACCGCCGCGCACACAUCUCACUCUCACUCUUCUACCUCCCAUCACAAACCAUCAGUCUUUUCUCCUUCCUUCCUCCUUCCUCCAUCCCAAACCUCCUCUCACCAUAGCCAAACAUCCACAGCAAGUGCUGUACCAUUCUCCAAUCAUGCCUAUGAACUGGAAUGCCGCCACAGACGCAAAGCUGUUCACAGCCGUCAUGGCCGUCUACGAUGUCAAGAUCAGCGGUGCUCAAGUCUCCAAGAUUGCUCAGAUUAUGGGCGAUGACUGCACAGCCAAAGCCAUAACUCACCGACUCUCAAAACUCAAGAAUGGCACUUUCUUCCCCGCUACUUCUGCCUCUGCUACCCCAAAGAUCCCUGCUUCUUCUGCCCGCAAAGGUAAAUCCUCCAACGACUCAGCCACACCCUCAAAGUCCGGCAAGGGUAAAGGUUCCGGUCUAUCAGCAACCCACACAAUCACAACACUCAUGCAUGACGACCAUGAAGAUGACAAGGAAGACUUUGGCUCUGCCCUUCCCGCCCAUCCAGUUUUCGGCACUGCUUCUGGUGUCAAGAAGGAAGGUGUGCAGAAGAAGAGAAAGUUGGGAAUCUUUGAGACUGGUAUUGAUGGUGAGGAGGGUGCUGUUGAUUACAGUACUUACUACACUUCUACUUCUGGUUUCAUCUCUGCUAAGAAGAACAAAACUGAUGGAAAGGGACAGGGCGAGGAAGAUGGAGCUGUGGUUUUGAUUGCAGAGGAUGAAGGAGUCAAGAUCAAGACUGAAGAAGCUGAAGCCGUGGUCAUCGAGAGUGGAGAUGAGUAUGGCUUCGGUAUCUGAUGGUAGUCGUUGAAGAAAGGAUACUUGAAGAUGGAAAGGUCGAGGAGAGGUCAGAACAUUGUACUUCUAUGACACAGCUGCAAUGGGAGCCAAGGGAACGGGCGAGCAGAACAAGAUGUGUAACUACCAUGCAGGAACUGCUUUCAUCAAAGGAAAAGGCAGAGCAAGGAAUACAGUGAGAACGGAAAGCUCAAAGAUCAAUUCGAAAAUAUUGACCAUCAGCCCACAACAAAACCGAAGAACUCCAAUUCUUUUGACACGUCAACACGUGUGCGAAGUCAGAGUAUCUCAACAUAUACAGUUUAUCC